CCAUAAACUCGGUCUUUUCUGGGUCUCAGUGCUGGCCCUGACCCACGCUGAAAGCAGCCCUUUUGAAUGACGGAGGGGCUGUAAUUUGAGAUUAGCUGAGAGGUGUUAUUAGCCCAAACCCGAGCGCGCGGGACUCCAGACAUCCAGAUGUUGCGUUUGAGGCACCGGGAGAAGUCGGGAGUAUAGCCUCUCUCGGCUGCGACACUUCACUUUUAUUUUCGUUUCUGGUAAACGGAAUUACGAGAAAUUGACUUUUAUACCAUUUCAAAUGUGUUUUUAGAGGGGAAAAAGAACUUUUCGGUGGACUAAAACUACUUCAAAGACUUUACAGCUGCGCAGUUUGAACGUCCGAAGUUGUGCGCACUAGGAUGAAGUAGUCCAUCAGUUUCAUUUCAUAUCGACUCUUUCACCUGUGGAUUAUCAUGUCUGUCCUUCACUUCAUCCUGACUGCGUGGAUGUUGUCACUGUCGGCGCGCGGAGCGUUUUUCCGGGGACCAUUACAUCCGGAGAUGUCAAACGGGACUUUUCAUCACUACUUUGUCCCGGACGGAGACUACGAGGACAACGACGACCCGGAGAAAUGCCAAAUGCUCUUCAAAAUGACCGACGAGCGAAAGUGCAGCCUGGCCGAGGACCAGGACUACGUCAUCCGGGACGACUUCACCAUCGUCAAGCGGCAGAUAGAGGACUCGGCCCGGGUGCUGGAGGGCAUCGCCAAAAGCAUCUCCUACGACCUGGACGGAGAGGACAGCUACGGGAAGUACCUGCGCAGGGAGACGGGACAGAUCAGUGAGGCGUUCACAAACUCGGAAAAAUCCCUGCUGGAGCUGGAGGUGAAGUUCAGGCAGAGUCAGGAGAGUGACCUGAAGGAGGAGAGCCGGCUCAGUGAUGACUUUGUCAACAUGAUUCUGCACACACGAGACGCCCUGAAGGAGACUCUGGACAUCUCUCUGGGUCUGAAGGACAAACACGAGCUGCUGUCUCUGAUCAUCCGGAGCCACGGGACCAGGCUGAGCAGACUGAAGAACGAGUACCUGAAGUUCUGAUGGAGAACACCUCCACUUAUCAGACCACCGUACACCUUUGCUUUUGGGUGGAGUGGGAUCGAGUAAAAAUUCAGGGACAUUCAGUCAAAACAAUCCACAUUUUGCAUUAUAGUUUUGGGCACAGCUGCCAAAAUUUUAAGUUUCCAAACAUCAAAAGCCCCCACAUGACUUCAAUCUUUGUGAAUUAUAUAACAGAUUAAAGACAAGUUUGAUUUUUUUUAACAGAUCUUUUUAUUUGAUGUCACAUGUGACAUGGCAUGAUUGUGUGUAUAUAGAAAACUGUGAUGUAAAGUAUGGUAAAUAUUAACCAUUGACUGUGUAUGAGAACUGGACUGCAUGACCCCUCCCCUGUAGCACUCCAAACAGGAAGUAUGCACUGGCUCCAUGAUGUCAAAAUCCCUUAAAAGAAAAAAAGGCUACCCUAAACAGCUGUGAUAUAAGUCAAAAUCACAAUUGAUUUGAUAUGAUUGGAACUAAAUUAAUUUUAUAUUCUUGCUCUGCCACCCUUUUCUUAACAUGCUCUCGCUAAUCCUUUUUUAUUUUAUUUUUUUAAGAUAUUUAAGUUAUAAACUGACUAAUCUAAUGGCUCAAUAAAAGUAUGUGGUGCCAUUAGAAUUGUUUGAUCAUUGCCCACUAACGAUUUCUGGAUCCAACAUGGUGAAUUUCUUAUUGCCUACAAAUGACAACUGAAUCAACUUAAGAGCCAGAAGUCAGACAUUUUCACACAGACUCGGUCCAGUUCUCAUAUACACUUAAUUAAAUUAACAUUUAUUACUAUGGUUUAUAAAUAUAUUUUCACUUCAGACUUAGGCUGCAGGUGUUCACGUGUGCUUGUAAAACAACGGCUUUUAUACAGCCGGCAGGAUGAAGAAGUGAACGCUGUAGUGGUCUGGUUCCAAAAGAGAGUUUCCACACACCCCUUCUCUGACUGGAAACAGAGCAGGUUUUGUGGAGGGCUGGAUGAUUCUGGGACGGGCUUAAAAUCUGUACACGUGGUGAGUCGGUUUAUGUGUCAGUGUCUGUAUGUGUUUUUUUUACUCAAAAUCAACAUUUGGAUAAUACAUUAAAAUGUUGGCCAAAAAGCAGCUUCGACAACUCAAAUAUAUAUAUGUAUAUACGUGUAAGAAUGUCUAAAUAAGUAUCACUUUUGCUUUACUUUAUAGGCUUGCAGACUUUGCACAUUCCUUUAUUGUUCUGGUUUUAUAGAUUGUCACAGGAUUUCCAAUGCUAAGCCUUAUCUGUGCUCUUUGCACGGAUUAAAUCCUCUCAUAAAAUGUAAAUAAAAAAGUGGCAAUGUGUUUUUUCUUUGAUUCCGAACACAAAAAUAAUUCAUCGUUGUUUAUGGAAAGUUUUUAAACCAAAGACAGCGUGUUUGCUUUGUGCAUGACGUAAUGCUUUGAUGGAUAAGACUGCAGGCAGCACUCAGUAAAUUCUAAUUUGUAUGAUGGAUCAUCACGCGCCUUCUCAAAUAAAAUAACUGUGUUGAAAAUGGAAUCCAGGU